CUCGUGGGACAAAUAGAGAUCGUAUACACAUAGACACACAGCGAAAAACGAAAAAGACAGCUGUCACGUCGAGGGCGAGGUCUUCAUCAAGGAGGCGACGGCACUCAGCCAAUGCCACCCAGCAGACGGCUGAGCACACAGACAAAGGGGGAGGGGAGAGAGGGACGCACACCUCAUCGUUUCUGUCUCGGUUGCUCCUUCUCUUCCUGACCUGCAGUGUGUAGAUCUCCAUAUCGGCAAGCAUGAAGUCGGUGCUGGAGGCCAGGCUGGCGCGGCCCUUGUUGUCGGUGGUCCCGAUGUACUUCUUGUACGCCGGCAGACGGUCCUUCAGCAGCCACUGAGCGCAGCCGCGAAGGUCGGCACUCUGACAGCCCAGCCACAGGCGGCCGGGGGCCUUGUGGAUCAUGUCACCGAUGCACACCUUGCCGACCGGCUCACACUCCACGUUCUUGACCGCUCCUUGUGUGCCAGCCACCCAAACAGGCUGCUCGGCCACGGGCAGGUCGAUCUUGGUGAUGCCGUCGCCCUCGAACGCACCGCACACCGAAAACAGCGACACGGGGCAACGGGUCAUGGUCACUGCAGUGGGGUCGGCGGGCGGGGUGAGUCCGCCCUCGAUGUGGGGGGGCGACGACGGGGCCGCCGAGGUCUUUGAGCAGCAGCAGGAGGUCGGUGGCGUCGCCCACAUUCUUGAACAUGGCCUCGGACUCCCAGCCGUCACGCUCACCCCUGACAGACACACACACACAGAGGGAGCAAAGGGAUAUCAUUCACGAGGCACCAACAGCUUCCCUGUCAUCGGUGGCUCACUUGUAGAGGAGUUUUGGGGCCGCAUCCGUCAUGCCGGUCGCGUCGACGAGUGCUCGCAGGUCAUCCGCAGUCAGGAUGGGGUCGGCCGGCACGGCACUCCACACCUGCACACAGCCAGGAGAAGGAUCUCAUGAUGUCCACAGUCACUUGUGUGCCCUCUGGUUGAUGCCUGGCUGACCGACCUGGAAGACCUCCACACGCUGGAAGGUGGAGCGAUAGGUCUCAGCCCCACAGAGGCUCACGGCCUCGCUGUUGAUGGUCUUGCCCACAAACUUCCUGUUUGCCGGCAGCUCCUUCUUCCACACCCACUGAUAGCACUUGAGAAGGUCGUCAAUCGGGCCGUCCUUGCCAAUCCCCAGCCACAGGCGGCCGCCAGCGAUGCACACCUUGGCGCGUGGCACACCGUUCUCGUCCGUUACCGCCCCCCGUGUGCCCGCCACCUCCACGUCUUGCGCCUCCUCGGGCACCUCGAUCUUGGUGAUGCCGUCCUCAAACGCACCGGACACCGAAAAGAGCGACACGGCACACCAGAACAGCAGCUCAGAUGUGGGAUCGGCCGGCAGCUGCAGUUUGGUGUCGGCGAAGACUGCGAUGGUGUUGGUGUCGUCGCACUUUAUGACAAAGAGGAGGCCGCGCCGCCCCGCCACACGCUGCGCCAGACUGGUAUACGACGAACCGUGCAGCGAACUCCUGACACACACAUAUCACACAAACAGACGGGCGAAUGCAUGGGGCAUGGCGUGAUGCCCUUCGUUUGUCUGCUCUCACUUGAAGAGGCAGGUCAUCUUAGGUUGUUUCUUGCCGAUCAUGAUGAGGAGGGUCUGCAUGACGUCGUUGGCGAGGAUGUUGGGGUACAUGGCCUCGAGGACGCCAUACAUCUCACUCACACGCACCAGCUCGUCCUGGUGGGCACACGAGGGCGGUGGGACGACGGCGCCAUCGGGGGCCAGGCGACACCGACGAGCGAAGUCGACGACGCUGCAAACACCAAUAGACGAACAGAUGAGCUCUCUUCAAGUUGCCUGUGGUGGUUGUCUGGGUGCCUACAGGUCGAAGUGGUGCCCAGACACGUCGACGAUGGGAGUGCGACCAUACCUGCACACGUGACACACAGGGGAGAAGGAGAGCCAAUGACACACAUUCCCUCUGUCAUCUCCUCCUUGCCUUUCUCACUUGGUGAAUCGGUCGUUGAGUGUGUCGAAGUCGGCCAGUGUGGCAUCGGUGGUCGCCACUGUGCGGCCAUCGACAGUCACACUGAGCACCUCCGUCCCUCCUCUUCCGCCCUUCAUGGACGACUUGAUGAAGGCGCCCAUCAUGGCCAUGAAGCUGCGGAAUGCCGAUUGGCUCUCGCUGUCCUCAGUCGGUUUGUCGAUGGCGAUGGGCGACUCGGCGAAGAAUAAGUCGUGGUAGAAGGGGAUGGGCUGCACGGCGUCGAACAUCUCGAUCUCGUCGACCCACCCAUGCUUCAGACGGCAGAGCUUCUCACACAACCUGACACACACACAACCAAAACACACACACACACACACACACACACACAGCCACCAGUGAGUCAAUGAGUGUCAUUGGCUGCAUGCUCCCCUCGCCACUCACCAAAUGAAGUAGAAGGGAUCUGCGUCGAUGAAGAUCGUCCCGUCGGCAUCCUUGAGCAUCCACUCGUCGAACCGGUGCAGCAGCACCGCCACACACGUGCCCCCAGCCCCUCGCGCAGCAGCACGCCACUCGGGAAGGCCAUGACAUAGCCGCCGACGUUGAUCUGCAUCACGCCGCCGCUCAUGGUGCCUGCUGUGGCCUGGCUGCUCGUGGGUGAUGAGUCCUGCAUGCGGUCAGAGAAGCAGAUGAAUCACGGGACCAUCUCGUGUGCUGCUUGAGCUGGCAAUGCAAAGCACUCUUGCGUGGCGGAUGAAAUGAAG